UUCCAAGAUUUGGAAGUUGGCAGCUGAAGCCAUUCCUACGCUAAAUCUAUGGGGUGACAACGAUAAAGUAAAAAAGAAAAUGAAGAAGAAUAGUAAACGGAAUGUUGAUCCUGAAAAGUGGCAAAAUGAGCUUGAUUUUCCCAACAGUCCUGAGCCCAUUAAAGAGCCAGACAGUCAAGAAACUCUGGAAUCGAACAUCACACCUGAUUUGCAGCUGAUGUUGAGAUGCUGGAUCCUCUAGAAUAUGUUGAUGAGCCCAUCGUAGAAGCAGUCAACAACCUUAUUUGUGAUCCCACAAGAGCAAAGCUUCCCGAACAUUGGAAAUGGUGUCUUACUGAUGAAGAUCUACAACAGGAUGAUCCCGUAGCUUACAGCAAGAUAACUGCUGUUAGAUUUGGCGUUUGUAACGACUUCACAUUUCCCAUCAAAAUGAUUACAGUUGUAGGUGGUGAAGUGUUUUACACUGUCAAGGGGGUUCAAGUCACACCACCUAAUUUCCUGCCAAAAUCAUUCAGCACAGUAGAAGAACUCACUGACUUGUUGGCUCGCUUUGACUCAACCAAUAUUUGUGGUGGUUUCAAAUUGGUUUGUAAGGGAGCACUAACACCCAGCAUGAAAAAAGAGACAGUCAAGCAAUUUGGUGAACGGAGAUCGAAAUUCUGCCCUCGACUUCUCCAGAAAGGCUCCACUUGCUAUAGAUGCGAACACCUGAAUAAGUUAGUGGCUGGUAAAUCACCGACCCCAAGUCCAAUGGAGAGACUUCUUGACCGAAGCCAGAAUCAACUUACAAAAAUCGUCUGUUAAAGUGGCAAUUACAACGUAAAGGAAAACUAAUUAAGGUAGCAAACAUAAGAUAUUUAUUUGUAAGACCUUUUUUAAUCGCAUCUUGUUUUGUUUUUUUCAGGACUUAAGACAAGAAAUCAAGGAUUUAAGAAAAGACAUGUCACGUGCGUGCGAGAGUGCCCUUCAAGAUAAAUUGUCUAGCCUUAAUCCCAAGGUAUUAAAUCAUUUCAAUGAGACAGGCGAUGAAACUGAAUGUGGUUACUGUAACUGUUAUGUAAGAGUUGUCUAAAUUCCUACCCUACUUGUAUUAAUACCUCCCAUUGACUUACACGACUACAGUUUUCCACCAAGAAGAAUAACCAACGAUGUGUGAUCAGAACUUUCUCGAGUAUUCUUACUAAUUUUUAACAAUUAAUUGACAUUAGCAUCACUAUUUUUCUUUCCACUGUGGUAUUUAUCUUUUUCCCGUGUAUUUUUGUAUGGCCUGAUUAUUCAUACAAAGAAUUGCAUCUCAUUUAUG